AGACAGAGAAGAGGAGGGGGGAAGGAGCAGCCUGGAGGAGGAGGAGGAGGAGGAGGAGGUGGGGGUUAGAGGCCGCCCCUGCCUCCACCAAUGACAUGAAAUCUGAGGUCAACCAUUCCAUGACCUAUUCCAGCAUUACUGACCCUACUACUGGAACCAACAUGGCUGCAAGUAUAAAUGAUGUCAUUCACCUACGGUCGUCUGCUGGUCACCCAGCCAGCCAUUACCCUAUGGAAAGAGCUCAGAGCUUAUAGUGACCGAUCUUUGGGUAGGACUGAGACCACUCACACACCACACACCAGGACAGCGAGGUGAUGUUCGUGGCCUCCCCAGCUUCAGAAUCGGUCCUUGGGCAGCGUGGACAUCUCAGACUCGUGAAGGAACUGCAUCUCCUGCAGCUCCAUCAGCUUGCCGUGAUCCUUGAUGUGGGCAUAGUUGGCAGCAAGACACAUCAGAUAGUGCACCUGUGGGAGAGCAAUAAGAAAUUAGAAUUGACUGAGAAACCAGAAAAGGGACUGCACUUGAAAAAGCACAAGAACCAAGAAAUUACAUCAUUAAAUGAAAUGACAACAAAUCUAAAGCAGGAGGCGUUGCAGAAAGAGCGCGAGAUCACUGUGUUGUGGGAGAAGACAGAGUCCCUUAGUGGUCAGCUGGUGACGGUCCACAACCACAGCCACUUUGAAGAGAAUGGCCUGAGCCACGACCACCUUGCUCAAGAAAAUAUCACGUUGACAGAGCUGAUUAAAGAACUAGAAGAUAAGCUCAAACUUUCAAAGAUAGAAAUCAAAGACGUCACAAGACAGAAUAGUGAGCUGCAUGCACUUAUCACAGAGUAUAAAGUCACUCCCUCAGAGGAAAAAGACAAGGAUGGCACCUCUUCAUGUGAGAACUCAGAAGCUAAAUGUACAGAUACCAAGGGGAAAUUGCUGGGUCAAGUGGCUACACUGACAUCUGAGGUUAGCAGGUUGGAGAGUGAGUGCAGCAGUCUUCAGGUUCAGCUAGACUGUGAGAGGGAUAAGUAUAACAAACUGCUGGGAGAAUCUCUUGCUCAUGAAAAGUUGUCUGAAGAUGUCAUAACUGAACCAAAAGGUGACUACAUCACCAUCUACCAGUUGCAGCGAGGAGUGAUGAAGCAGCAAGCUCGAGAACGCCAGUUAGACCUUGCCAGCCUCCAUCAUGAAUGAGAGGAAAUGAAGCAAAACCACUCAGCAGGAUUUGAUAUCAAAGCUGGUGCAGGAAAAGGAAGCAGAUCGUGACCUUGAGCAGCUCGAGAAGAUAAGCAGCGUCCUUAAGAGUCCAGUUGCUAUCAUUAGCAGUGUUGGAACCAGUGAGUCUGAGACACCCACCAGCAGUGGAAAGGUGGCUGACGAGCGCCUCAAACACUCUGAAAAGGUGGAGCAACAACAAGAAACAGAAAAUUGCAUCCAUCAUUCUUUGCCUGAGGAGGGAAUUGAUGCUCUGUUGACCCUUGACAAUGACGUCUCUCAUGAGGAGAAUAUGAAUCCUACAGAACUUGCCCAUAGAAAGACCAAAACUGUUACUGCUGCCACACUGCCACCACUGCUACCACUUCCACUGCCACCAAAAGCCCAACUGUGCAGAGAAUCCUGGACCUCCGCAAUGAAAUGGAGUCCACCAGUCACCUGGAGCACUUUAGCCUCCAAAAGUUCCAUCUGUGUCCAUUGUGUUUGGGUAAACUUAUCACUGUAUGAGGGGACAAGUAUCAGUGUAUGGUUACUAUAUACUCAUUUGUACUUAAAGAUGUCAUGUCACAUCAUUCUCUCUCUCUCUCUCUCUCUCUCUCUCUCUCUCUCUCUCUCUCUCUCUCUCUCUCUCUCUCUCUCUCUCUCUCUCUCUCUCUCUCUCUUUCUUUCUUUCUUUCUUUCUUUCUUUCUUUCUUUUGUUGCAUAUUUUACUGCUUUACAUUCCUCCCCACAGUAUUUUUUCAUCUACUUUAUGACUGCAGUAGUUUUAUCAUCCCAGUGUAUGCCGUAUCCACUCUGAAACUGUAAUUCACCAAUCAGCUCAAAUGUGUCUCUGUUUUGAUAAUCAUUAAUUUGUUUCAGCUACACAACCACUCUGAUAAGGGACAAAAUCUCCUUCACCAGUCAUCUAUGUCAUACAGCCAUAUAUAUUCAUACAUAUGACAAAAUACUCUUCCUAAGACAUUUCUUAUUUUCUCUUCUCAAGUGACCUGUCCAUCUAUCUAAGGUACCACAUAACAUUUAAAACUUACAAUAUUGUGUUUAAUUCAUGAACACUUUUUUGUCUAUCUAUGUAGACUUGAAAUUGCAUUGCGUAUAGACUUGAAAUGUA